AUUGGAAGAAAAAGAUAGAAAUGGAUGGGAGAAGACAAAGCUUGGUAUCUUAGUCCUAGAUAAGGUGGGAUGCUUAAUCUUAAAUGGAAGACAAGUCAAUGUUACACCGACCGCGCAUGAUUGAUAAGAGUAGUAUUAUUACCGUGUCUUCAAUCUUUACCAAGGCUGAACGGGUCAUUACCUAAUUAACGUGCUGUAGAUUUAGGCGAGGUUUCCUUUUGGGAAGUCCAGUAGUCUUGGUCGUUCCUCUCCCCCGAUCUAUUGGAUCUGCACUUUGAUUUACUCUGUUUGGUAUAUUCAUAUAGUGGGUGGAAUGGCGAGGAGUAGAUCGUCUUCCACUACUUUCAGGUACAUUAAUCCGGCUUACUAUCUGAAACGGCCAAAGCGUCUGGCUUUGCUCUUCAUCGUUUUUGUCUUCGCCACCUUCUUCUUUUGGGAUCGACAAACUUUAGUCCGUGAUCAUCAGGAAGAGAUCUCUAAGUUGAAUGAAGAAGUGAUGCAAUUGCGAAAUCUGCUGGAAGAUUUGAAGAAUGGUCGAGUCAUGCCAGGUGAAAAGAUGAAAUCUAGUGGCAAAGGUGGUCAUGCAGCGGAAAAUAUGGAUUCACCAGACAAUAUCCUUGAUGCUCAGCGAAGGGAGAAAGUAAAAGAUGCUAUGCUUCAUGCUUGGAGUUCUUAUGAAAAAUAUGCAUGGGGUCAUGAUGAAUUACAGCCGCAAUCCAAGAAUGGUGUUGACAGUUUUGGUGGUCUUGGAGCAACCUUAAUAGAUUCUCUUGACACACUAUAUAUCAUGGGCCUGGAUGAGCAAUUUCAGAGAGCUAGAGAAUGGGUUGCGAACUCCUUGGAUUUCAACAAGAAUUAUGAUGCAAGUGUUUUUGAGACAACCAUAAGGGUUGUAGGUGGGCUUCUUAGUACGUACGAUCUAUCUGGUGAUAAGCUUUUCCUUGAAAAGGCUCAAGACAUUGCUGACAGAUUGUUGCCCGCAUGGAAUACAGAAUCUGGAAUCCCUUACAACAUUAUCAACUUGGCACAUGGGAAGCCACAUAACCCUGGCUGGACAGGGGGUGAUAGUAUCCUGGCAGAUUCUGGUACUGAGCAACUUGAGUUUAUUGCUCUUUCGCAGAGGACAGGAGACCCAAAAUAUCAACAAAAGGUGGAGAAUGUUAUCUUAGAACUUAACAAAACUUUUCCUGAUGACGGUUUGCUUCCAAUAUACAUUAAUCCACAUAAAGGCACAACAUCAUACUCAACUAUAACAUUUGGGGCAAUGGGCGACAGCUUUUAUGAAUAUCUACUCAAGGUCUGGAUACAAGGAAACAGAACUGCUGCUGUGAGUCAUUAUAGGAAAAUGUGGGAGACAUCAAUGAAAGGUCUUUUAAGCUUGGUCCGGAGAACGACUCCUUCGUCUUUUGCAUAUAUUUGCGAGAAGAUGGGAAGUUCUUUAAAUGACAAGAUGGAUGAACUUGCAUGCUUUGCUCCUGGGAUGUUAGCUUUAGGAUCAUCUGGUUAUAGCCCUAAUGAGGCUCAGAAGUUCUUAUCACUGGCUGAGGAGCUUGCUUGGACUUGCUAUAACUUUUACCAGUCAACACCUACAAAACUGGCAGGAGAGAACUAUUUUUUUAGUGCCGGCCAAGACAUGAAUGUGGGCACAUCAUGGAAUAUAUUAAGGCCUGAGACAGUUGAGUCGCUGUUUUACCUCUGGCGUUUAACAGGAAACAAGACAUACCAAGAGUGGGGUUGGAACAUAUUUCAAGCAUUUGAAAAGAACUCAAGGAUAGAAUCUGGAUAUGUUGGACUUAAAGAUGUCAACACUGGUGUCAAAGACAAUAUGAUGCAAAGCUUCUUUCUUGCGGAGACUCUUAAAUAUCUCUAUCUUCUUUUUUCACCCUCAUCAGUAAUCUCCCUAGAUGAGUGGGUUUUUAACACAGAAGCCCACCCCAUAAAAAUUGUUACCCGGAAUGAUCGUGUUAUGAGUUCUGGAGGGUCAGGUGGACGGCAAGAAUCAGAUAGGCAAUCACGUACCAGUACCAGGAAAGAAGGUCGAUUUCGUAUUAAUCAUUAAUCAAGCUGUUGAUAAAGUAUAAUGGGAUUGAAUGACCAAGUGGAGUGUCUCAUGAAACUUGCAUCUGAGGUAAAAGAAGGAUCUGCACUCUGUUAACUCCAGAUUGUCUGGAUGUAUUGCUAUAUUCUGUAGCUUAUUAAAUGCCACCACAUGGAGCAGUAGUUUUAUGUAGCUUAGCUUAGCUACUUUAGAUUCGCUUCUUAAACUGGCGUGUAUUAUAGGAGAUUGCAAUUUUUGCCGGCAGCACCACAUUUUUGGGCUUGAUGAGCAAAUUGCUAGUCGCACCUAAUUUUUCCCUUAGAAAGCAAAAACUCAUUUCAAUGGGCACAAAAUAUGACAUUUGUGUUCCUGAUUUUUUUUCUUUAUCGUUGGGGCUGGGUUUGAGUUGUACUACUCCUGAGAAUUGACGUGUGUAAAGUUAUAUGUAUUUGAAUUUGUGAAUUUACGGUCCCUGUGACACUCUCUGUGUUUCAGAUAUAUAUAUCUGAUACUCUGAUUUUUA